AUGGGUUCCAUAUGUUCUAAGCAGUCUGCCUAUUCUGAAGGUCACACUGUACUGAAUUCCAGUCAUUCAGCACAACUAUCUCAGUCAGGAGUUCCUUCUAUUCAGUCUUCUGAUCCUCGCACUGCUGCCGCUAACGCAGCAGAGAAGAGGCUGAAAGCAGCGCAAGAGAGGGGGACUCACCAGUCGAAUCCCAAUCGAGGACGGCUUGCUGCUCAGGUAGAGCUCAGUAAAGCAGCUGCAGCAAACAGGGCGCCGGAAGCUCAAGAAGGGGAUCGACUCGUGGUAAGAGCAUUUUCUCAACGUUUAGGGGCACUUGAAAUAUCUGACAAGCCGGAUAAUAGUGGGAUUGAUCCCAUGUACCUCUUUCCAACCUGUCCUGUGUUUUGCAAUGAUCCUAUGGUUCUCGUUACCUUCUUCAGCAAGGAUUUCGGAUCUCCUUGGGCCGACCUCAGCUGCAUUCUCAGCGACAAUGAAAAGCAUUGA